AAUCCAUUAGCCCAUCCAUUCUCACAUUUACACCCAAUACUGAACAGAAAUGUUUGAUAUUAAGCGGAUCUCGUAGUUGCUCGAAUGCAGUAAAUACAACAUGCAUGACUGUGCAUUGGCCCAAUUCAAAUGAGCUAUAUGUUUCGUACGAAUGCCGGCCUUCUGAAUAUCAAUUCAAAUUCACUUACGAAUACUUCGAUUGCAAAACAGGAAUUUCAUGGGUGAACAUGCAAGGUUGUGGAUCGGAGAUAUCUGACUUGAAAGGAGAAAUUCAGUCUGUAACAAAUAAAAAUGAAUGUGAUUGGGCGGACACCUGUGGAUAUUUUUUGUUUCUUCUCUCCAAAUGGAUCAGACAAUGUUCAGAUUGGAUUUCACGCCAACAUUACACUCGGGAGGAAGUUUCGAUAUUGAAAUUUAUGGCUACAGAUCUGGAUAUGGAAUUUUCCUCCUAUCCACCCUCACAUUUACACCCAACACUGAACAGAGAUGUUGGAUAUACAGCGGAUCUGGUAAUUGCUUGAAUGCAUUUAAUACAACAUGUAUGACUGUAAACUGGUUCUAUGUAGAAAAGAUAUGGGUUUGGUAUGAAUGCCUGCCUUCUAAAUAUCAAUUCAAAUUAACUUACGGAUACUUCGAUUGUAAAACAGGAAAAAGAAUUGAACCACCAACUACCACACCCCUACAGACUUCCAGCCAAUCCGUGACCACACCCCUACGUCCAACCAAUCAUAUUGCACCAACUACCCAGGCAAACAAACCCAGCCAAACUACUGAUGCACCAACUACCCAGGCAUACAUACCCAGCCAAACUACUGAUGCACCAACUACCCAGGCAAACAAACCCAGCCAAACUACCAAUGCACCAACUACCCAGGCAAACAAACCCAGCCAAACUACUAAUGCGCCAUCUACCCAGGCAAACGAACCCAGCCAAACUACUAAUACACCAUCUACCCAGGCUAACAAACCCAUCCAAACUACCAAUACACCAUCUACCCGGACAAACAAACCCAAUCAGACGACCUCUAACCCCAUCUCCACUGAUUCAGACUCCAGCAAUAACUCUCUCACAACGAUUUUGAUAAUAGUUGGAUGUGUGAUAGCAGUAUUGUUAGUGAUUGCAGCCGCAAUUUAUUGGAAAAACAGACAACAAGGCCAGGAAGUAAAUAUUGCAAUGUCGACCCCAACUCAUGUGUACGAAGAGAUUCACGAACCGGUAGAUGAAGAAGGUUAUCUCUCACCCAUGCCAAACCCCAACGUAUCUGUUCAAAUACCGAGUAUAGAGGAAGCAUACGCUGAUCCACAAGAUCCUGAUUAUAUUGUCCCAGAGGAUAUUACUCCUCCUCCUAUACCCCCUCCCAUGUAUGAUAGCGUGCUGCCUUCAAGAUCCCCACCCAACCCUCAAGCUAAUCUGCCUAUGGAUCCCCCUGUCCCCUCAAACCCCGGCACUUCCUGUCAAAAACCAAGCGUCGAAAGUGUUUAUACCGAGCCCGAUUACGCCCCACCAGAAAAUAUUACUGCCCCGCCUAUCACCAUGCAUGAGAAUGUUGGCGUGCCAACUUCCACAGCCACACCCAACCUUCAGUUCACGCCGCUUCCAAAUUCUGAAGUACAGGUUUCACUUAUGAUCCGCUUAAAUCCUAGCAUUUCUUGUCAAGUUAGGAGUUCUGAUGACAGAACAAAUCCAGACACACCCCCAGAAAACAUACCUGCCCCUCCCAUGUGUGAUAACGCAAGGGUGACACCACGCAGAAACCCACCCAACCCCCAAACAAAUCUUCCUACUGUAUCCUCAAACCCCGACACUUCUCAUCAAAAUCCAAGUCACGAAAGCGUUUAUGACGAGCCCGGUUUUGUCCCGCCAGAAAAUAUUACUGCCUCGCCCAUAUACGAUGAUACGGCAGCCGUUACCCCAUCUGUUUAUGAUGAAACUGCAUAAAAUGGUGAUUCCCAACCUUUUUUGAGCCACACCUUCUGAAUAAUUUCUAAUAUAUGCCCCCUUUCACAAUAUUUACAAAAUGUAGAUAAAACCAGUCCUACGAACGAAAUAAUAUUAAGAUUAUUAUUCUAGGAGAUAGUACAAAACAACUCCUUAUGGGUCGCGACCCCAAGGUUGGGAAUCACUGACAUAGAAUAAGUUCAGAUCUAAUGAGGCAGAAAACUUUUUUUCUUGUAGAAUUCAGUAAUUUAAAAAAAAAACUGUUUUAAAUAGAUUUAUUCAAAAAAAAAAAUUAAAAAAAAAAUACAGAGAGUAGUGUUGUUCUUGUUUUAUUUCAUGUAAUCGCAUUUUCAAUUUUUUAUUGAUAUUUUGUGAAAUAUAUUGUUCAUUUUGAGCUCUGUAAUUUACAGAAUAUUUCAACCAUGACCAAACACUAACUGACUUUGAGAUUUUAGUAGAAUGAAACUUUAAAUAAUAUUACGAUUUACAUUUUUUAUAUUUUCAAACCUCUUGUAUUGCUGCUGAUUAUUGUUAUUUAUUUCUGCGUGCAUGCAUCUCCGUGAUCUGUGAACUUGUGAAAAGUUCCUUUCGAUUCUGAAUAACUAAAUAACAUUCUCUCGACCUGGUCGGUUAAGCUUUCGACUCUGGCAAGACUUUGGCUGAACAAUCCGACUCGAUCUCAGCUAGAAAUUUCAAUUCUUAAUUUUAGACUUUGAAAUUCUGACUCGGUUAAUUUUAACGCAGGGUCGCGUCUCUAAUGCGUCUCAGCAAUAAACAUCAAACUCUUGACUUCACAGCCCUGUUUGCUUUUUAUUGAGUGUAUUUAUGUUAUUUCACAUAUUUUUAUUGAUAUUGAGUGAAAUAGUUUUUUCAUUUUGGGCUCUUCUUGAAUAUUUCAACUGUAACCAAAACUUUUCCAGAUUUCUUCAGGCUCAUUUUUCAGCCCCAAGUUAUGCAAAUUUCUAAUAGUUGCCCCACCACAUUGUUUUCAGUGAUUGCUGAUGAACAGCCAUUUCCUAUGAGCACAGUCUGUCACUAGAGGGUGCAUAAGAUUGUGUAGUUUUUUUAAAGGGACAGGGCCAUAUAGAUAGUUUUUAUUAGUUUUAAUGUUGGUCUCAGCAGUUAUCUGAAGCAAAGCAAUUAGCUUGUGCAAGUCAUGUCCGGCAGCCAACAAGGUGGAUUUGGCGUCGCAUAGACAAAAUAAAUGUCUCAUAAAUGUUAAAGUUAUCAUGGAGAACAGGAUAUGUUCAUGCGUAAUUAGGCUCCAUGUCCGGCAGCCAACAAGGUGGAUUUGGCGUCGCAUAGACAAAAUAAAUGUCUCAUAAAUGUUAAAGUUAUCAUGGAGAACAGGAUAUGUUCAUGCGUAAUUAGGCUCUUAACAUAUUUUUUUGCAUCCAUGUAUUUGAGAAUUCAUCCUUUAGAAAACUAUUUCUAUGGAAUUCAGUAAUUUUCGAAACCCCGUUUUAAGUAAAUUUAUUUGAAAAAAAAUACAGGGAGGCGUGUAUUUAUUGUUUUAUUUCAUGUAAUCACAUUAAAAUUUUUUAUUGAUAUUGUGUGAAAUAUACUGUUCAUUUAAACCCUGUGAUUUCCAGAAUAAUUCAACCAUGACCAAACAAUACCUGACUGAGAUUUUAAUAGAAUGAAACUUAAAAUAACCUAACGAUUUGCAUUUUCUAUAUUUUCACAUGUUUUUGUAUUCUUGCCAGAUUUUUGUGUUUUUUUUCUGCGUGCACCUAAUUCCGUGUGCUGUAAACUCAGUGAAAAAUUCCAUUCGAUUCUAAAUAACUGAAAUAACAUUCUCUCAACCUGAUCGGCAAAAUUUUUGACUCUAGCAAGGCUUUGGCUGAACAAUCCGACUCGAACUCAGCUAGAAAUUUCAAUUCUCAACUUUAGACUCUGAAAUUCACACUCCAAAUAAUUUUAACGCAUGACUGCGUCUCUAAUACCGACGAAUAAACAUCAAACUCUUAACUUCACAGCCCUGGUUCAACAUUUAUUUAGUGUAUUUGUGUUAUUUCACAUAUUUUUAUUGAUAUUAAGUGAAAUAUUUUGUUCAUUUUGAGCUCUUCUUUAAUAUUUCAACCGUAACUAAAAUUUCUCCAGAUUUCUUUAGGCUCGUUUUUCACCCCCGGUUAUGCUAAUUUUCAAUAGUUGCCCCACCACAUGGAUUUCAGUGAUUGCUGAUGAACAGUCAUAUAGACCAGGGGUGCACAACUCAAAUGAGGACACGUGCCAAAUUUUUCAAAAUAAUCUUGUCGCGUGCCGCGCACAAUCAUUGGUAUUGGACAUUACCUCCCAUAAAACAAACAAAUUUCAAUAAUAUUACAUAAUAACGAAUAUCUAUUUAUUGAAACAAUUUGAUCUACUGAAAAACUGCUGAUUUUGAUAUAAACGUGAUAUUUUAAUGUAUAUCAUGGAUAAUUUUUUUUUUUCACAAAACAGUUCGCGUGCCAUGUUUGAGCGUAUGGCGUGCCAAAUUUGGCACGCGUGGCCCGUGUUGUGCACCCCUGAUAUAGACAACUUGAGCAAUUCUCUGAGUCACAGUUUGUCACUAGAGGGUACAUAAGAUUGUGUAAUUUUGUUAAAGGGACCGGGCUAUAAAGAUGUUUUGGUAAAUUAUUUUUGUUAGUUUUAAUGUUGGCCUUAUCAAAUAUCGGUAACAAUUGAUUUUCAAAUUUGGCGUCGCGUGAACCAAAUAAAUGUUAAAUUUAUCAUUGAGAACAGAAUAUGUUCAUCUGUAAUCAGGCUCUUUUAUCUCAAUUGUACUCUACUCGCAUACAAACAACCAAAUGAUUUUUCAUUCCAUAUGAAUGCACUUUAUGCCGUCAUGCAUUAUUUCUUGCUUAAGUGAACAAUUCGAAUAAAUGCCUUCCUCAAUGCCUUAUUGUUAUGUUUUUUUUUUGAAGUUUUUCUAUAUUUUCUCAUAAUCAGAUUUUUAUUGCUUAUUUUUAAUAUAUUUUGUUGACAUUUUCAUUGUUUAACGCUCCAGUGAACACAUAAAUUUAUGCUGCCCUUUCUCAAAGUCUAUCUCCCUCAGUGUAGGUCUUAAGUAAUUCCUGCCGUAAAUUAAACUUCGAAUUUAUACCUAAACUCUAUCUACAGCAAUGGUUCCAAGCUGGGGGCCACCCAAAUCAGUUGGAUGGGGCCACAUUCACAAUGUUGGGUGCAAAACUGAAAGAAGUACUCCCAGUUCUUUCUAGUUUCAUUGCUUGAUAAGGUUAUUUCACAGAGUGUUUUCACUUUGUUGAGCAUGUAUUGCUUGAACAUAAUGAGAUUCGGAUUCUACCGAUGGUAAUAACACUAAAAUACCACUAGAAUGAUAAGCUGGGGGGAGUGUUAAAAGCCUCAAUGUCUUUGCUAAUGUUUUUGAUGUUUUCUUUAUUUCUCAUAAUCAGAUUUUUAUUGUUUAUUUUUAAUAUAUUUUGUUAACAUUUUCAUUGUUUCACGCUCCAGUGAACAUAUCAAAAAAAUUCAUGCUGCCAUUUCUUAAGGUCCAUCUCCCUCACUAUAAGUCUUCAAGUAAUUCAUUUAUUAAAUAAAACACCGUCUUCAGAUGUAUAACUAAACUCUACAGCAGUGGUUCAAAACCGGGAGUCCAUUGCCCUUUAAGUCUAUAAUGCCAGCCGCUAAGCUCAUCUUAUUUUCCCCUUUACAAAAGUAACACCUGUGUUUCCUUGCUUGAUAAGAUUGCAUGAAAUAUGUAAACAUAGUGGAAUCUACCAAUCAAAAUAACACUGGAAUGAGGUCACAAGCCCCAAAUGGUUGGGAACCACUUCUACAAUAUUCUUCGAUGUAUUGGCGUCUAACAAGUCUUUGGACAAGCAUACACAUUAGAUCAGAAAACUGCUAUUUGCGAGUAUUUUAAUAUUUCACUUGAAAAUUCCAGCACUUCGAUUCUUAGAAUACAGAUUUCCAGUUAGAUCUGACUAUAAAAUAUGCCCCAACCCCUCAGCACUGCUGUAUAUUCAAACCACGGACUUCUCGAAAUAAAAAUCGUUAUCUAAAGUCUGUUUUAGUGAUUAUCAAUGAUCGAUGAAAAUUUUUCGAGGAUUGAUUUUGAAGUGAACUUAGUGAUUCAUCUUUUUUACUAUUUUUCUAUUAAUCGGACAAAUUUUGAUUUUUUUUCUUUAUUGAAAUCGCUGUUAUUGUGACUUCGGGCUAGGGAUGUUAGUUUCAGAAUUUUAAAUCCAAGGGCUCAAAUCACGAUUAGGUUGUCGUCUAGUCUUUAAGCAAGCUCAUCUUUCGAUAAGUCCACUUUUGUGUUCAUGUAUUCGAGCAUUGAUUUCUUUGUAUUUAAUCACAAUAUGUAAUCUUUGGUUCUAUCAAAUAAAGUUGUCUUGAUAAAUAUUGCUUCAAGUAAUGCUUUUCAAAUUUUAAGUACUUUAAGAUGGUUGGAGCUGCCGAACGGCAAUUUAUUUUUUCAACUUCCUAUUUGUCCCGAUAUUCCAUUAAAACUUUGCUUCUUUAUUUAAAACAAAAAAAUCUUUUAUUCUAUCCUGCUAGACCGACUGACUGUUAAGUAAUUUACGGUGUGGUUGAAAUCGUUGAAAAGCAAUUACUUUUAUUUGGUCUGGUAUUUCACCAAAGAUUUUGCUGUUUUAUUCAGAGCAGAACACUUUUUAUUCCAUCUUGCUUGACCGACUCCGUCAUGCGUAUUCGCCAAUUAGAUUCUGAAUUUGAUUUGAAAAAAAAUAGAUUUGAAAUUUUUUUUGGCAAUCAAUUGUUCUAUUCAGCAAACAUAGUCUACACAACCUCCGUGCCCUCACAAUUGGUCAUUGUUCUCUUGUUGUUUCAUCACAAAGUAACCUGUAGUCCUAUCGUAUCGUUCAAAAACAGAUAUCAGAAAUAUUUGAGUAGGAUUCUGAAUUCAAAUUUGAUUGAACAGAAAAAUUUGACUGAACAAUUUGACUCGAACUCAGCUAGAAAUAUAAAUUCUCAGCUUUCGAUUCUGAAAUUCUCACUCGGAUAAUUUCAACGCACGGCUGCGUCUCUAAUACCAGCAAAAAUACAUCAAACUCUUGACUUCCCAGCCCUGGUUCGAAUUAACUUUUAUUGAGUUGUAUUUGUUUUGUUACACAUAAUCAAAUUUUUAUUUUUUAUUGAUAUUGAGUGAAAUAUUUUGUUACUUUUGAGUUUUUUAAUAUUUCAACCCUAACCAAAAUUUCUCUUCAUUUCUUGGCGCUCAUUUUUCACCCCCGGUUAUGUUAUUUUUUAAUAGUCACCACAUGGUUUUUAGUGAUUGCUAGUGAACAGCCAUAUUGACAACUUGGGCAUUCCUCACAGAGGGUGCAUAAGAUUGUGUAAUUUUGUUAAAGUGGACGGGCAAUAUAGAUCUUUUUGCUGAAGCAUUAAUAUACUUAGCCAUGUCAUGACCGGCAGCCAACGAGGUAAAUUUGGUGUCGCGUGGACUAAAGUAAUGUCUCAUAAAUGUUAAAGUUUUCGUCGAGAACUGUACAUGUUCAUAAUUUUUUCUUCCAUAUAUUUAGGAAUCAAACUUUUAUUUCAAUUUCACUCUACUUUGUGUAAAGAACUUACGCUGGUUACUUUAUCAACCUUUUAGAGUUACAAUAUUUGAAUUUAUCUUGGAGGGGGUAAAUGAGAAUGGCUUACUCACAUGGCUACUUCUUAUUCAGUUAUCAGUCUGUGUCGGGUAUACAAACGAAUCAAAUCAUUCCAUGCAGUCCACUUUCUCAAAGUCUGAAAAUGUCAUUGUUCUUGAAUAUUUUUCUGGUUAAUUUUCUGUAUUUUCUCAUAAUCAAACUUUUAUUGUUCAUUUUUAAUAUAUUUUGUUGACAUGCUCCUGCUGCCAUUUCUCCCUGCUGUCACUAUAGGUCUUUAGGUAAUUAAUGCUGUCAAAUAAAUUGCCGACUCAAGGUACGGCAAAACUCUAUUCUUCAAUGUAUUGGCUUCAAUCAUACGCAUGCUGCCCUUUCUCAGUGUCUUAUACUUUUGCUACAAAAAAUUGUGUUUUUCUGACGUUUUCCUAUAUUUUCUCAUUAUCAGACUUUUAUAGUUUAUUUUAAUAUAUUUCAUUGGCAUUUUCAUUGUUUCACGCUCCGGUGAAUAUAUCUCAAAGCUUUAUGCUGCUCGCUUUCUAAAUGUUCAUGCCCUCAGUAUAGUAUAGUCCUAUUAAAUAAAUCGCAGACUUCAAAAGUAUAACUAAACUUUACAGUAUUUUUCGAUGUAUUCUACCACAGCUCUAGGCAAACAUACACAUUAAUUAGGUCAUGUAAUUUUUCUAUA